AUCAUUCAACAGUCUCUUUUAAAGAAACCAGCGAUUUGUGAUGGAAAAGUUAGUGUGCAAAGUAUGCUUCGAAUCCGAAAAUGUGUCUUCACUUACCGAGGAAGUAUUGAUUAACAUUUUAGAGAAAAUAACUUCAUGUUUUCGUAUUAAUAUAGUCUUUGAUGACUCCCUAUCAGCAAUUUGCAGUAAAUGCGUAUUUGAGUUGAACAGUGCAUACAAUUUCCGAAAUAAGUGCAUAGCUUUGAAUGAGAGGCAAGAUGUUUGCCUGGAAAAAGGUGAAAGACUAAAUAAUAAGUACACGUCUAUUCAAGAAAAUAUCACAGAAAGAGUAGACAUUAAUGAAAUAUCUGUAGUCAAAGGAACUAAACAAAUAUCCGGUCCAGAAAUAAAAUAUGAAAAUUAUCAAAGAAAAGAAAUAUUUCAAUGUUCAAUUUGUAAAAAAAUGCUCAAGACUGAGGAUUCUCUCACCAAGCACAAGUUGUCAAUGCAUGUUCAGAGGAAACAUCACGGUAAAGUGACAGGCACAGGAGUAAAUCGUCGCUAUCAUUGUACAAAAUGCUCAUACAAAACUCCUCAUAGUCAAACUUUAGUGAACCACAUCAGAACACACACUGGAGACCGUCCAUACAGCUGUGAAUGUGGAAAAACCUUUACCCAAUCAUCCAGUCUAGCAGCACAUCGUAAGGUUCAUAGUCGUAAAACAUUUUACACUUGUUCAGAAUGUGGCAAGCAAUUUAAACAUGCUUUUAGUUUGAAAAAGCAUCAGUUUGUGCAUGAGAGUGGAAAAUUUGUAUGCCACAUAUGCAACAAACUUUUAAAGUCUCAGCAAUCAUUGCAAGACCACAAACACAGACACUACAAUGUGCAUAACUAUAGCUGUGAAGACUGCGGAAGUACAUUUGUCACAGGCUCAGAAUUACGUAAUCAUAGAAAAAUUCAUGGAGAGUUAAAGUGUGUUGAAUGUCAUGUGUGUGGCUACAAAACACAUAGAAAGAAGAACCUUAUAAUUCAUUUAAAACGACAUACCGGUGAGAAGUCAUACAAAUGCGACAGUUGUUCAUUACUUUUUUAUACCAGUGGGGACUUAAAGAGGCAUCAACGAGUGCACACGAAAAAUAAACCUUAUUUGUGUCCAACAUGCUCACAGCGUUUCUCCCACAGUCCCAGUCUGAACAAACACAUGCUCACCGUACAUGGCGUUCUGUACAAAUGGGGAGAUUUCAAAUUUAAACGAUCACAAAGAAUACUUGAGGAUAAAAAUAAUUUAAAAUAGUGACAAUAAAACACUACAUAAUU